AUGAUCCCCGAACCAGGAAAUGGUGCUACCAGCGCUGAAACACAGAUUCCAGUAUCUACCACUUCGCGAGAUGCGCCUCUUGCAUCAACUGGGCUCCCAUCGUCACUAGAUUACCUAGCCGACAUUUCAGCCCACCAUGGCCGUACCGAUCAAGAUCUCGCCGUAAUGAUGAUCGACGACCAGCUACAGUACUCUGGGUGGAAUGCAGUCACGCAGGCAGCUCAGAUGUCGCACCGAGCUGGCUUGGCCUUUGACCAUGGGGAAAAAGACCUGCUACAAAUUUGGCUUGAACCUCGCACAGAUUCAGCGUCAAAUGACACGCUAGAUCUGAUGGACGAUAGCAAUUUCCCUCUAAUGGGUGACAAUUUGAUGAUUGCUCCAGACCAGCAGAACCGACAUUCAGUCGAUAGCAGCGAUAAAAUUCCAAGUGAACGCUUCGCUAGAGUCCAGCAGUGCUGGCUAGCACCAGCGAAUACUGGGCGUCUUAUCAACAGUCUAUGGCGGGAUAUCGCCAUGUCGCCUGUUGAUAAUAUCUUUUCCGUUCAGUCGUCGCACCUUCUCAACGAGCCAAGUGUCGUUCAAGGCUCGCGGUGUGGAUUCGACGAGGAUUGCAGAUGGCGCCUGCAGGCAGCUUUUGGACCGACCACUGUUUCUGCAUAUAUGCAACCUCCCAUAGAUAGGAAUAUCCCUCCAGCCACGCCUACCUCGACCUUGAAUCAUUCUGAUUUCCCUCCCGCUGAGAUCUUUGAUAUGGCACUAGACUUGUUUUUCCGUCUAUUUAGUCCCCUUUUGCCGUUUGUCCAUUUGCCGACCUUUUCGGCAAAGGACGCGCGACCAUCUCUCCUAUACGUCAUGACACUGGUUGGCAUGACAUUGCUUGGCACUAAAGGAACAACCGCGUUUGUGUCCAGAAAUUUCUCAGAUGCUUUGAACAAGGUAACAGCUGAAUUUGCUCGGUGCUCAGUAGGACUUGAGAGCGCUUCCGGCACUGUGACAUUAUUUGCAACAGUUUUGCUUUUGAUAAACCUGGCUGGUUUGACCGGGGAAAAGGGACAUCUGGAACAGUGCCAACCUCUUUAUAUCAACGUCAUGUCUGUCGCCCAAAGACAUGGGUUAUUUUCAGCCAUGGAGGGGCAGAUCCUUGACAUGGCUUUAUUUGAAACAGUUCCCGAUAUUGACAUGAGAUGGAAAGCCUGGUGCAAAGUCGAAUCAACCAAGAGAGUAAUCAUCGGACUAUUGUUCCUGGACUCUUGGUACUCCUCAUUCCUCUCAACAGGUCCAAUCGUAGUCCCGGACUCGAUCCAACUCAUCCUCCCCUGUAGCGAACCUCUCUUCUCCGCCCACUCCUCCGUCCAAUGGACACAGCUCAUUCGCGGCGGCAAGCGCAUCCUCUCAUCAACAGUCCUCGCCCCAUCCGAAAACAUCAACGUCCCUGCCCUCGAAGCCCCCGCAGAUGACUUCUGUAUACAAGCAGUACUAGCAAUAGUUCAACUCCGCCAGUCAGAAUCCUACCACCGCCUCCUCUCCAAUAGAGCCAAUUAUCCCUUUGCUCCAUGCCACACCUACGCCAUGGACGGUCGAGCUAGGUGCCUCCCCUCCCUCCAAUCCCAGCUCAUCACAAGCUACGGCGAAACCCUCAAUCGCCUAAACCCCAACGCUCUCAUUACGUGGCACAACAUGUGCAUGACUCUCACGGCCGAUAUCCAAAUAUUCGACCUUGCAGCUGGCCGCGCAGGCCCGGUUCCUGCGCGCAAGGCCCUCGACGAUAUCCGCGAGUGGUCGCAGACACCUGCAGCUAGACGUGCGUGUCUGCACGCUGCGCAUAUCUACAAAGUUAUGGCAAAUCGCAAGGCUUCUGACCACCCCACGUUCCAAUCUAUGUUUUCGCUCUUCUCGGCUGGAUUAGUGCUCGGUCUGUAUACGUUCAUGGCGUCAGACUCUGCUAAUUCGCCGUCUAGUGUCGGGUCUGUGGAGUUGAUGGAUGAUGUCGACUGGAGAUCGGUGGGGACAGAGGGGUUUACGAGUUUCAUGGAGCCCAGGGGAAGUCAGACUUUCGCGCCGACUGGUGAUCCUGCUGUUAACUUCAUUCGCAAUGGGGCUACUAUCUACUUGCGAGGACUGCCGUUCCAUGGUGGGUAUCAGUCUGCGCGUCGAAUACUGCUUGAUUAUGCCUCGCUUCUCAAGGACUCUGGGAAGUGGAGUGUCAAGACUUUCUCGUAUAUUUUAUACAUAAUGAGUGAUGUUCUUAUGGAUGUGGAGUGA